UUAAACAUUGUUUACCACAAGGCUGCAAAGACAUGCUGUCAGCAUUUGUUCCUUCUUUCACAGUCUGACACUAUACCUCACCAUGAUAGCAGGAAAGAUCACUGGGCUCAUAGUGACAGAUGUCCGUUUCCCGACCUCUCUGGGUCACCACGGUUCUGAUGCCAUGCACACAGAUCCUGAUUACUCAGCAGCUUAUGUUGUGAUUGAAACUGAUGCAGAUGAUGGUUUAAAGGGCUACGGACUUACUUUUACCUUGGGAAAGGGCACAGAAAUUGUGGUGUGCGCUGUGAAAGCUCUCUCAAGACACGUUGUUGGCAGAGCUCUAGAAGAUAUUGUCACUGAUUUCAGAAGGUUCUACAGACAGUUGACAAGUGAUGGACAGCUCCGAUGGAUUGGUCCAGAAAAAGGAGUCAUACAUCUGGCUACCUCUGCUGUUCUUAAUGCAGUUUGGGAUUUAUGGGCUAAAAAAGAAAAGAAGCCCCUGUGGAAGCUUCUGACUGACAUGAGCCCAAUUCAGUUGCUAUCAUGCAUAGAUUUCAGAUACAUAACUGAUGCACUAUCAGAGGAUGAAGCACUCGAAAUCCUUCAAAAUGGAAAACGCGGACAGGAAGCAAGAGAGGAGUACAUUGAAAAGAAUGGAUAUCCCGCUUACACAACAUCGUGUGCUUGGUUAGGUUACUCAGACGAACAGCUACAAAAGUUAUGUGCCAAUGCACUGAAGGAUGGUUGGACGAGGUUUAAAGUAAAAGUUGGAGCAGAUUUAGAAGAUGACAAGAGAAGAUGUAAGCUCAUCAGAAGCAUGAUUGGUCCUGACAACCAAAUGAUGCUUGAUGCAAACCAGAGAUGGGAUGUGAAUGAAGCAGUCCAAUGGGUGUCUGAGUUGGCUUCAUUUAAACCUUUAUGGAUUGAGGAACCAACAUCACCAGAUGACAUCCUUGGUCAUGCAACAAUCUCAAAGGCAUUAUCACCUUUAGGAAUUGGAGUCGCUACAGGAGAGCAAUGCCAUAACAGAGUAAUGUUUAAACAGUUUCUUCAAGCAAAUGCCCUACAAUAUCUCCAGAUCGAUAGCUGUAGAUUGGGAAGUGUGAAUGAAAACCUGGCAGUACUUCUCAUGGCAAAAAAAUUCAACAUUCCUGUAUGUCCUCAUGCUGGUGGAGUUGGACUCUGUGAAUUGGUACAACAUUUGAUAAUAUUUGAUUAUAUUUCGGUUUCAGGAAGUCUGGAAAACAGGAUGUGCGAGUAUGUGGAUCACCUCCAUGAACAUUUUAAAUAUCCAAUAUCCAUCCAUCAUGCUGCAUACAUGCCACCACAUGAUCCUGGCUACUCCACUGAAAUGAAAGAAGAGUCUGUAUUACAGCAUCAGUUCCCAGAUGGAGAAGUUUGGCAUCAGUUAAUUAUUAAUAAAAAAGUUGAAGUCUAACAUGUUAAAAACAAAAUUGUUGCAAACGUUUGAUAACAAGCUUAUUGUUAGUUUACCAGUACUAAACUUUGUACUUUGGUUAUUAUAGCAAUUGGUAUAGAGAAUACAAAAAAAAAAUUAAUAAUAAUAAUUACAUUCUGUUCUGUAAGUGGUAUCGCUAUUCCAAUGAAACAUAUGGUUUGCUAGAUAUCUGGAAAAUCCCCUAAUGCUGUACACAAAAUAUCACCAGGCAAAUUCAGUUUAUAGGAAAAUAUUGCCUAAUGGUAUAACAUUAAUUAAAAUCAGGCUAUGUUUUUGUU